UCUCGACCCCGGCUUCUCCAUUUCCCCUCAUCGUUCAGCUAGGUAGUGGCCUGCCUCGGCAUGCUAUAUCACACCAGACAAACAGUCAAUCCUGUCUUAGACCUUGCUAUCCGCUCCCUUGUCUGACAAUAUGGUGUUCUUUCUCGAUUAUCUCCAACAUAAACGCGACUGCCAAUUCAAGCAGAAUGAGCGGAUUGAGCGAAUCAAGGCCCUCAGCCGAUAUCGCGGACCCUUCACACCCUCAGAUCGCCAAAUCAUAGACAGGCCAAUCGAAGAACUCGUCGAGGAUGUCCACAAAGGCGCGCUGCAACCCGCCACUCUGCUCGACACGUACGGCAAGGUGGCGUUAAAAGCUCAUGAGAAGACCAAUUGCGUCACUGAGGUCAUGAUCUCCGAGGCCGAGGGCUGGAUCCGGGACGGCUCGAUUAACUUCAAGGGACCCCUGGCUGGAAUACCAAUAAGCUUGAAGGAUACUAUCAACGUCGGAGGCUUCGACUCGACUGUCGGCUUCAGCAGUUUUGUCGGCAAGAAAUAUGCCGAGGACGGCCCGACAGUGCGAUUACUCAAGGAUGCUGGGGCUGUGCCUUACGUCAAGACAAACCUUCCCAUUACACUUCUCAGUUUCGAGUCUACUAACGAUGUCUGGGGACGGUGCACGAACCCUCACAACAGCAAGUACUCACCUGGUGGAUCGACGGGCGGUGAAUCGGCGCUUCUGGCCUUGGGUGGGCGGAUAGGCAUUGGCAGCGAUGUAGCUGGGAGUGUCAGGGCGCCGGCUCAUUUCUCCGGUAUCUACUCACUGAGAUGCUCAACCGGGCGAUGGCCGAAGGCAGGCUUCUCGACGAGCAUGCCGGGCCAAGAAGGUGUCCCAAGCGUCUACAGCCCGAUGACCCGAACGCUGAACGACUUGACGUACUUCACUCGCGCUGUCGUCGGCAUGCAACCCUGGAAAUACGACUACUCCGUCCAUCCCCUCGCUUGGCGACCCGAAAUCGAGAAAGAGUAUGCGGCAAAGAGCAAGCUCCGCAUAGGCAUCUUGCGGACCGAUGGCGUGGUAGACCCGAGCCCGGCCUGCCAACGGGCUCUCGAAGAAGCGGAAGCAGCGAUGAAACUUGCCGGUCACGAAAUCGUGGAGAUCGAUCCGCCGUCACCUUACGAGGCGCUGUAUCUCGGCGCGCAUCUGCUGAACGCCGACGGCUGCCAGAUGUUCAAGUCCUUCAUGCGAUUUGGCGAGUGGAAUGAUCCCGGAGCAGACCAGCUGGACUGGUUAAUGCGGCUUUCGCGGCCGCUGAAGUACAUCUACUAUCUCUGGGUGAAGUAUGUCCGGAGAGACGAUAUAUGGGCUGGACUCAUCCAGGGCUGGCACCAGAAGACUGCGUACGAGAACUGGCAGCUCGUUGCUAAGCGCGAGGCGUACCGGAGUAAGUGGUUCGAGUGGUGGAAUCAAGUCGAUAUUGACUGCAUCCUCACGCAUACGAAUGCUACGCCUGCUGUCCCGCAUGAUGGCAUGAAAGACGCGGUCAGCAGCUGCGGAUACACGUUCCUUUUCAAUGUGCUCGAUUAUACUGCUGGUUGCGUCCCCAUUACUCACGUCGACAAGAACCGCGACCAAUUACCCUCGGGAUUCGACAUUCGGAAACUCAACGGUGUUGCCCAAGGGGCGUAUAAGCUGUACGAUGCUAACGAUAUGCAUGGCUUGCCUGUAGCUAUCCAGGUCGUCGGACGCAGGCUGGAAGAGGAGAAGGUCUUGGCUCUUAUGAAGAGGGUGGAAGAUGCUCUGGGAGAUAACAAGUACAAGUUGCUCGAGAUUGAUUAGAUGGGUUUUUGAUGCUAUUGUACUUGUCGUCAUUGGUAGGAUUUAAGGGGCUUAUGCAAUGAUACCUGACGUUGAUUUAGUGAAAACACGACACCAACCGAAGUAAUAGUAAACCAGACUAUCAAUAUAUUCUCGCGAAAUAUCAAAUCAUGUGAAAGACUGAUGGCUUAUCUGAUUUGUGUUCUCUCAUAAGU